CAGGAACACUUUCCUCCUUCCCUUCUUAAUUUGCUCGACUUCAUUCAGUUUUGCUAAUUGCCGCUCAAGAAUCUAUGGAUUUCGAUACAGCCAGCCAGAUGCCGCUCGGACUCCGACUCUCCCUUGAGAGCAAUGAAGCUCCGAGAGAACCGCAAGUUGAUUCUUUUGUGCGAGAAAGCUUCCCCAGAAGAGAUGCCAUGGAAGUAAAGCUGCAUGAGAUCAGUGAAGAGAACAGGAGGUUGGCUGAGAUGGUGACUGACUUGCUUUUGAAACAUAGCGGAUCCUUUGAUUUCUCGAGCAAUACCAAUCCUAGAGAAAAUGAACAAGCCGUCUUGUGGAAAGGGAAGAGGAUCGUCUUCUGCAAAGAUCCUAGCAGUGAGACAUUCAAUGAGCUUAGUGGACCGUUCAAGAGCAAUCCAUCAUAUGAAAAUCCAUGCAAAAGAUUGAGAGUGGACACCAUGGCUAAGAGCUCCAGGAUCUGUGUUCGGAGCAACCCUACUGAUUCAAGCAUGGUGGUAAAGGAUGGAUACCAUUGGAGGAAAUAUGGACAGAAGGUGACUAGAGACAAUCCAUUCCCCAGAGCUUACUUCAGAUGCUCCUUUGCCCCUUCAUGUCCUGUUAAGAAGAGGGUGCAACCAAGUGCAGAAGACAGAUCAAUCUUGGUGGCGACAUAUGAAGGUGAACACAAUCACCAACCCCCUUCAAGGGAUGAUGAACUCUGCAGUAGUCCAAGUACCCAACCAUCUCCCACUGGAUCCAAAUCUUCUGCUACCCAAACGAUUGAUCUUAACGCCAGUCAACAAGACAUGCAAGCUGAUAAGAUUGAUUUGGUUUUGAGAGAAAUGCUUGAAUUGCCAAACCUGCAGAGGUUGCUAGCUGAGCAGACUGCCGCGUCAUUGGCAAAAGAUCCAGACUUCACUGCUGCAAUCGCCCUUGCAAUAUCUGAGAAAAUGUUUCAACAGCCACCAACUUAAAUAGUAAUAGGAAUCUGGAUGAACACAACUUCUCUGCCUACUUGUUGUCUAGAUACAGUGGAAGCAAUUGCUGAGCUAUUUGAAUCUUCCAUUGCUGGUCCCGGACGGCCAUAUGUUGUUCUAGCACCUGCAAAUUACUUGUCGAGAUGUAAUCACUUGAUAGUGCAAUUCAUACAGUUUUACAAAGAUAAGACUAAGAGCAUUUUCAAAUAUCCUGUAAUAUGAAAAAAACUAUAAAACCAGAGGA